AGGCACAUAGGCAAAUAUUUUCACCUUCUCCCGCCAUCUCUGUGCGUGUCGCUUGAGUAGACACUAAAAGAGAAAGAUAAAUUUAAUGUAUUGAAAAACAAGCAACCUUCUAAAGGUACACUUCUGAUACUUAGAGAUUUUAAGGACUUUCACAAACACGUUGCACAAAGAGACGAUGUUACAUAACAUUGGAAAACAGUAAAAGUAAAUAUUCAAGUUGACUGAACAUUACCUACACAAGCUCAUUUAGAGGAGAAUGAAGACCAUUUUGGAAGAAGAAAAACACCUGUAUUAAGAAUUGCAGCAUAUAAAAAACCUUUCAGGAUGAUUUUAUUAUAUCAAAUGAUACAUUUCAUUCUAUUUGCCUCAGUUUCUGGUGAAUGUGUGACCAAGCUGUUCAAAGAUACCUACUUUGAAGGAGGGGACAUUACUACUGUUUUUACACCAACCUUCAAGCACUGCCAAGUAGAAUGCACCUACCAUCCAAGAUGUUUGCUCUUUACUUUUAUGGCUGAAUCAUCAUCUGAAGAUCCUAAUGAGUGGUUUACUUGUAUCCUGAAAGAUAGUGUUACAGAAACACUGUCAAGAGUGAAUAGGACAGGAGCAAUUUCUGGAUAUUCUUUCAAGCAAUGCCCACACCAAAUAAGUGCUUGCAACAAAGACAUUUAUGUGGACCUAGAAAUGAAGGGCAUGAGCUAUAACAGCUCUGCUGCCAAGAAUGCUCAGGAAUGCCAAGAGAGGUGCACGGAUGACAUCCACUGUCAUUUUUUCACAUAUGCGACAAGGCGGUUUCCCAGCAUUGAGCAUCGUAAUGUCUGUCUACUGAAGCACACCCAUACAGGGACACCAACCAGAAUAGUGAAGCUCAGUAAAGUGGUGUCUGGAUUUUCACUGAAAUCCUGUGCGCUUUCUAAUCUGGCUUGUAUUAGGGACAUUUUCCCCAGCACAGUGUUUGCGGACAACAACAUUGGCAGCGUUGUGGCCCCUGACGCUUUUGUCUGCCGCCGCAUUUGCACUCAUCAUCCCAGCUGUUUGUUUUUCACCUUCUUUUCCCAAGACUGGCCAAAGGAAUCUCAAAGAAAUCUUUGCCUCCUUAAAACAUCAGAGAGUGGGGUGCCAAGCACACGCAUCAAGAAGAGCAAAGCUCUUUCUGGCUUCAGUUUACAGAACUGCAGGCACAGCAUUCCAGUGUUCUGCCAUCCUUCGUUUUACCGUGACACUGAUUUCUUGGGAGAAGAACUGGACAUUGUAAAAGCGAAUGGUCACGAAGCCUGUCAGAAGAUGUGCACCAGCGCCAUCCGCUGCCAGUUUUUCACCUAUGCCCCACCUCAAGGGUCUUGCAGCGAAGGGAAGGGCAAAUGCUACUUAAAACUUUCUUCAAACGGAUCGCCAACUAAAAUACUUCAUGGGAGAGGAGGCAUCUCUGGAUAUACAUUAAGGUUAUGUAAAAUGGAUAAUGAGUGUACAACCAAAAUCCAGCCCAGGAUCGUUGGGGGAACCGCAUCGGUGCCUGGUGAGUGGCCAUGGCAAGUAACUCUGCACAUUACGUCACCCACCCAGAGACACCUGUGUGGAGGCUCCAUCAUUGGAAACCACUGGAUACUGACAGCAGCUCAUUGCUUCUACAGGGUAGAGUCACCUAAAAUUUUGCGCGUCUAUAGUGGAAUUUUAAAUCAAUCUGAAAUAAGAGAGGAUACAUCUUUUUUUGAGGUUCAAGAAAUAAUAAUUCAUGACCAAUAUAAAAUGGCAGAAAGUGGGUAUGAUAUUGCUUUGUUGAAACUGGAAACGACCAUGAACUACACAGAUUCUCAACGGCCCAUAUGUCUACCUUCAAAAGGAGACAGGAAUGUCAUAUACACUGAUUGCUGGGUGACUGGAUGGGGGUACAGAAAAUUAAGAGACAAAAUACAAAAUACUCUCCAGAAAGCCAAGAUACCCUUAGUGACAAAUGAAGAAUGCCAGACAAGAUACAGAGAACAUAAAAUAACCCAUAAGAUGAUCUGUGCGGGCUACAAGGAAGGAGGGAAGGAUGCUUGCAAGGGAGAUUCCGGGGGCCCCUUGUCUUGUAAACACAAUGAGGUCUGGCAUUUGGUGGGCAUUACCAGCUGGGGUGAAGGCUGUGCUCAAAGGGAGCGGCCAGGCGUUUACACCAAUGUGGUUGAGUACGUCGACUGGAUUUUGGAGAAAACACAAGCAGCGUGAAUGUAUUCUCUGGACCCAUUUAAUGCCUGAAGGGCAGACCAGCUUAUUCCCUGAAAAGUUUUGAUUUCACCAACGAAGGUGCUGUUCCAUCAUGCUUCCUCCAGAGCAACCACUGAAGGUGAAAGGUGCAGACAACAGUCGGAAGGGCAUCCC